AUGACGAAGGGCACGAAAAGGGUUGACGCUGUUGAUUCCGCUUCCGUUCUCGUUCGUGCCAAAGAUGGUAGCGCGUUUGCCAAAUGUGAUGAGUGUAAGAAGAAUGUUCCUGUUGCACUUAUUAGCAUGCAUGAUUGUAGCCUUGAAGCCAAAAUCAAAAUGAAUCUUGAUUCUCAUGUUGUUGAGCAGGCUGCUGCUGAAGCGAAGAAACCUGAGAGGAAGAAGCCUAGUACGAAAGAACCAGUUGCAAAGAGGGCUAAAGGUGGCAAAGAUAAGAAAGAGAAGAAGGUUAAAGAUCCCAACAUGCCCAAACGUCCUGCUACUGCUUUCUUUGUCUUCAUGGAUGAUUUUAGAAAGACUUUUAAGGAAGCUAACCCUGAUUCAAAGGAUGUUAAAAGGGUUGCUAAGGAAGGGGGUGAGAAGUGGAAGUCUUUGACUGAUGAAGAAAAGAAGCCUUAUUUGGAUAGAGUUGCUGAACUCAAGGCAGAAUAUGAGAAGGCUAUGGAAGCCUAUAAUGCUGGUGAAAAAGAAGAUCAAGAAGGAUCUGAUAAGUCUGAUAAGGAAGCCCCUGCUGCAGGAGAGGUGGAAGAGCUAACUGAUGAAGAGUAG